GCCGCCUCCUGCUGCUGCUGGGGAGGAGCAGAAGGAGGAGGCGGGGGUAGGCGGGGCGGUGGCGCUGGUGGGGCAGGGGCAGGAGGCGGGGAGUCGCAGUCGCCGCAGCAGCGUAGAGGGACCCAUGGGUCGCUCCCGGCGCCGCUCCUCCUCCUCCCGCCGCUCCUCGCUGCUGCUGGAGCCCACCUCCUCCUCCCGGCGCCGCUCCCCCUCCUGGACCCUGCACAUCAACGGCAAGGCGUUGCUGCCCUCCUACGCCAACUUGGUUAGGUUCAUGGCUCCCUUCGCGCUGUGGAACGCGGCUGUGGUGAUCAUCUACGCGGUGUCGCUGGCCAAGUUAAGCGACAUGCAGGGCCCGCUGGCCUCCCUCAACAUGGCCUCCCACGUUAUCUACCGCUACACGCGCAUGCGAGCCCGCGCCUGGGGCUUCGUCAUGCAGGACGACCCGGGCGCAAAGGCGGCGUGGCGGGAGAUGUUCAAGAGCGAGCUGAGGUUGUUUGAGAACGAGUACAACGUGAUGAUGUACGGAGGGGUGGCGCUGUCGCAGUCCAACAACUCCUUCCACGAGGAGGUGCCCGCCAGCACCUUCCAGUCCGCCGCCUUCGCGCAGGAGUUCUUCAAGCAGAAGGCGUGCUUCCGCUGGGACCCCUCGCUGUGCUUCGCGCAGGGACACAAGUACUAUGCGGUGACCCACAACGGGCUGGAUGUGAUGGUACGGCGGGUGAUCCAGGAGGCCACGCUGCUGUCCCUGGACCCGGACAGCGACGCGGUGUACAACAGAUCCAGAUACGACUUCAUACACAUGGUUGGCGGUCGGGACUGCUACGAGGGGCUUCAGAGCGCCGCGCAGUUGUUCGUGGACUUCUCCAUCGGGCGCUACCAGCAGGUCACCCGCCUGCACAUGAUCCUGCUAGCUGUCACCUGCGCCGGCGCUGUGCUGUAUGUGGUGCUGCUGCUGUGGCCGCACCUGCGCCGCACGCGCAGGGACGCGCUGCGGCAGGGCGCGCUGCUCAGCCACGUGCCCGCGGAGGUGGACGUGAGGGGGCACGUGCGGGCGGUGUUCAGGCGGGCGGCGCUGACGGCGGGCGGCAGGAGCAGGAGGAGCAGCAGCGGUUUCGGGGGAGAGCCACCGGGCAGCAGCGCGUGAGGGGUAAAGAGGAAACAACUAACUGACUGAGGGAUAAGCCGCCAACAUGGG